AUGGCGGACUCAAGAGAUAGCAAGUCGUACAAAUAUCGCCAGGAGAUCAGUCAAAUGAUGUACGUCUCCGGCGAAACCGCAGAACCACCAGUCGAAACAACAAGUAUUAUCGAAGACAUUGUCCGCCAACAAGUCAUCGAACUCCUCCGAAACUGCACUGAACUCGCUUCGCGUCGCGGUUCAAAAUCCAUCAGCAUCAACGAUCUCAUCUUCCAGAUCCGCCAUGAUCAAGCAAAAGUCUCUCGUCUGCGCACGUUCCUCUCGUGGAAAGACGUGCGAAAGAACGUGAAAGACUCUGAUGACAAGGGCGCUGAUGCCGACAUCGCUGCUGGUGAUGAUCCCGUGGCUGCGGGUGAUAACACAACGGAUGAAGCAGCCAAGAAGAACAAAAAGGCUAAAGUCGGGUUGCCUUGGGAGCCUUCAUCCUACUACAAUGUUGAAGUACCUGAGCGUGAGGAGGAAGAGGAUGAAGAGGAGGAGGAGAUGAACUACAUCACACUGCAGCGCCUACGCAAAGCAGAUGAGCGCACAAAGGCCAUGACGAAGGAAGAGUACGUUACGUGGUCUGAAUAUCGUCAGGCAUCAUUCACCUACCGCAAAGGCAAGCGAUUCCGCGAGUGGGCUGGCUUCGGCAUCGUAACAGACAGUAAACCCUCCGACGACAUUGUCGAUAUUCUCGGCUUUCUCACCUUCGAGAUGGUCCAGACCCUCACCGAGAUGGCGCUCAAGGUCAAGGAACAGGAAGAUCUAGUGCGUGCCCAGAACGGAGGAGAUAAUGUUGGAAAUGCAAAGAAGCGGAAGCAUGAGGGCGCGUUGUUCGAUUUUCCUAGUGAGGGAAAGACGCCAAUCGAGCCUCGCCAUGUUCAAGAAGGAUCACGACGAUUGCAGCAGAGGCCGAAGAAGUCGAGGGCCAUGCUCAACGGCACCAGGAUUUCUCAACACACACCGCUCAACAUCUUCUAG